GAUUUACCAUGGAAAUCUCCGCAAUUGAAGACCUGAAAAUUAUCCCGGACGUCGUGCAGCCGUACCCAGACCCCUCCGUCGGUCGGGAAGGAGUUAUCGUGAUAGACAACGGAUCGUUCAACUGCCGUGUCGGAUGGAUGCUGAAGGAGAAGCCGGCCCUUAUCUUUCGAAACAUUCUGGCCAAACCAAGGAAGGAUCGCACUAAAAAAGAUCUUGAUGUAGCCACCGUGCCAGUAACUCAAAUUGGCAACGAUAUAGUGAACAUAGAGGCGAUGCGCAUGCAGCUCCGUACCCAGUUCGAUCGCAACGUGGUAACACACUACAAUGUUCAGGAGCAAAUUUUCGAUUACGUUUUUGGAAAGCUUGGCAUAAGCUCCGAAAACGGGGUGCCACACAAAGUGAUGAUUACGGAAUGCUUGUUCAAUCCAAACUACUGCCGCAGUUUGAUGUCGGAGCUGCUCUUCGAAUGUUACGACAUACCGGGACUUUCGUACGGUGUGGACAGUUUGUUUAGCUAUUACUCGAAUCAGAGAGCGAAAAAUGGGCUCAUCAUUGCCACCGGAUACCAUACGACGCAUGUAAUACCGGUGAUGAAUGGCUGCAUCGUUGUAGAGAACGUACGGCGCAUAAACAUAGGAGGUUCGAACAUGAUCGCCUUUCUGCAUCGUUGUUUGCAGCUGAAGUACACGUUCCACCUUAAUGCCAUCACACUGAGCCGUUCGGAGGUUUUGCUCCACAAGUAUGGCGAGUUUGCGUACGACUACAUGGAAGCUCUGGAAAAAUGGGCUUCUUUGGAGUAUUAUGAUCAAAAUGUGAAGAAAAUCCAGCUGCCUUUCAACCAAACCGCUGCAACGCCAGUCCUCACGACCGAACAAAAGUUUGAGAAGAAAAAGGAGCUCUCGAGACGAUUGGUCGAAAUCAAUGCGAGACGUCGAGAGGAACGUUUGGCACAGGACGAAGAAUUGCUUGUACAGCUGCAACAGCUGGAGGAAUCCGUCGAGGAUGGAGAUGAUGUACGCGAAGCAUUGGCCGAGCAUAGUCUCAAAGACCUAGGCGAGCUGAGACGAAUGAUAAGCACGGUUAAUGCUCGGGUCGAUAAAACACGACAAAAAAUGAAUGCUCCGGUAGCGACCAGCUCGCAACAGAUACAGCCUGAGGCAGAGAAAUUGUUACAACCACCGCCAAACAUUACCAUAGCGGAAUGGGUAGAAGAAACGCGCCGCAAACGGGACGCCAUUAUAGAAAAGCGACAAGCACGCAGACAACGGAAGCAGGACCUUGCCAAGCGCCGAACUGCUGCUGCCCAGGAACGUAUGCGCAUCAUCUCGCAUUUGGCACGAAAGGAGAAGGGAAGCGACGAUUUCGGCAUGCGGGACGAAGACUGGGAUGUGUAUAAGCAGAUUAGCCGCGACGAGGACAGCGACAAUGAGAACGAGAACGAGCGGUUGCUGGAGUGUGACAUCAUUCUCAAACAGUACGAUGCAUCGUACGAGGAUCCGCUGCUAUCGAUGGCUGGUAAUGCGGCCGAGCUGUACCAGCUGCACGUGGGCGUGGAACGUAUCCGUGCUCCGGAAAUUCUGUUCCAACCAAGCAUUAUCGGUAGCUACGAAGCUGGGCUAGCGGAAACGAUCGAUUUCGUGUUAAAGCUCUUUCCAGCCAGCCAGCGAAGCUGCUUGGUGGAAAACAUCUUUCUGACUGGAGGAUGUGCCAAGAUUCGUGGACUGAAGGAACGGCUUGCGCGUGAAAUGAGAGAAAUGUUACCCUUUGAGGCUCGAUUUGAAAUCGAAAUUGCUCGUGAUCCAGUGCUGGAUGCGUGGAAUGGGGCGAGCAAAUUUUGCCUAACGGAAACGUUUCGUCAAUCACUAAUUACUCGUGCGAUGUACGAAGAGUGUGGUGGAGAGUAUAUCAAAGAACACGUGCACGGGAACGUUUAUUUUCCGACUCCGAAGAGUUCGGUCGAUGAGCAGCAGAUGAUCGGAUAAGGAAUGUAUG